CUGCGCCCCGGAGGCCUGGGUGUCGUUGCGCAUGCGCGAGCUCCAGCUGUGAGCGCCGCGGGGCAGCAGGCGGUGGUACCCGGGCCUGGCGCGGGCCGUCGCCAUGGCAGCGCGGGCCACGUGGUGAGGGGUCCGCCCACCGCUGGUCGCUCCGGUAUCUCACAGCCUCAGGUUGGGAUCGCGAGACCCCGCCCGCCUGGGCGACUUCCUAGGGCCGGCGCCGGGCUGGGCAGGGCCCCAGCUCCUACCUUUCGGGCCUCACCAGCCCGGCGAGCGCCCUGUACGGCCCGCCAGGCAGUGAUGAAGGUUCUUUUGCUGAAGGACGCUAAGGAGGAGGGUGGCCAGGACCCGUACGUCAGGGCAGCCUGGCCAACCCAGAACCUGUUCUUUCGUCUGCAGGAGUUAGGAUUGCACGGACUGGAAGCCACUUUGAUCCCUGUUUUGUCAUUUGAGUUUCUGUCCCUUCCCACUUUCUGGGAGAAGCUGUCGCGUCCGGAAGGCUACGGAGGGCUCAUUUUCACCAGCCCCAGGGCAGUGGAAGCGGUGGAGCUGAGCCUGGAGCAGGACGGGAAAAGCGAAGGUGAGGGCAGGAUUCCUCCCGUUGGCGAUACUGGAUUCCAGAAAUCAGUCUGGAAAAAGUCUCUGAGAGAAACAUGGAACGCUAAGCCGGUGUAUGUGGUUGGAAAUGCCACGGCUUCUCUAGGGCAGCCCGGGAGCAGAGGGACUCGCAGCCAUGGGAGACGUGUCUGCUGUUUUCCAGUGAAGAAACUUGGCCUGGAAGCCGAAGGAGAAAGCAGUGGGAACGCCGAGAAGCUCGCGGAAUGGAUCUGUUCCAGGGAGCCGCCUGCACUGCCUCUGCUGUUUCCCUGUGGAGCCCUCAAGGGAGAAGUGCUGCCGCAGAUGCUCAAGGACAAAGGGAUUCCCAUGGAAAGCAUCAUUGUCUAUCGGAAGAUCCCCCACCCGGGAAUCCAAGUGAACCUGGACAGCUACUACUCCAAGCAGGGCAUCCCGGCCAGCAUCGCCUUUUUCAGCCCCUCUGGCCUCACGCACAGCCUCAAGCACGUUCGGGAGCUCUCCGGAAGCAGCAUCGAGCAAAUCAAGUUCGCAGCCAUCGGCCCCACCACCGCGCGCGCCCUGGCCGCCCAGGGCCUGCCCGUGAGCUGCACUGCCGAGAGCCCCACGCCACAAGCCCUGGCCGCAGGCAUCCGGACGGCGCUCCAGCCUCACAGCAGCUGAGGCGGCCAGCCCGGCCUUCCUGUGGGCCAAGGACAAUGGGCGCUGCCUGCAGGGGGUGAGGAUCCACCCUCCAGCGCCUCCUGGAACCACCAAGGCACCAGCAAUCAGGAGGGGACCUGGGCUGGCGGCCGGCCUGUGCACGUCACUUUCCUCCACCAAGGCCCCUCGGACCCUCACCCAGCCUGUGCCGGCUCGCAGGCCCCAUGAGAGCGCUUCCUCCAGUGGCAGGAAGAAGUCCCAGGAACCACACUGGCCCCCGUGGGACUGGGCGGGGUGGCUGUGCAGCUUCCAGGGCAGGUGGUGUCUGGGGGAGGACGGAUGUGCCCACGUCUGAACCAACACGCCUGUGUGAGUAAAGGCUGCUGUGUGUGAAGUAUCUGUUCAUCCUACAAAAAGGGCCUCAGUGCCGCCCUGGGAGCGGGAAAUGUAAGUCAAACACAGAGCCUCCUUCAAAAGUGGAAGCGCAGCCUAGUCCGCCAGGCAGGGGCCCCACCCGCCUCCGUUUCCUGGAAUCAGAUGUAAGGGCUGGAGCUCCAGCAGCCCUUUGGGGCCUGGGUGACCUUGAGAAAGGAGGCUCAGUACGGCAAGGGCACACGUGGGUGCUAACUAGCCUGCCCUGGACUUCCUGAACAGAAGAGAAAUGUGAACUCCUGCUUUGUUUAA